AUGGCUCCUCGUCAACGCCACAUCGGGGCUAGCCGUAGGAAGAGAAGGGAAGACGAGGGCGAGGACGAGGGCUCGCUGGCCGGUGAUGUCGAAGAUGACUCUUUGAGUGAAGGGUCAGCAGACAGUCACCAGGAUGAGGAUGCCGAUGGGGAGGGCAGCGAGAGCGAGGAUGACACCGCGACAGCCACAGAUGCGGGCAAAGCCAACGGUGGCCAGGUAAACGGGCGUAAUCCGGUUCAGCCCCGACGCAGCUCCUCAUCACGCGGAAAGCCAGGACUGAAGACAACGGUAUCGGACACCGAGGCGAUGAUGAAGGGACUGAAGAUCUCUGACCACGCUGGCGAGGAGUCUCACUUUGACGAGAUGGCGGAAGGUCGAGUGUUCCAGACCGGCCGCACGCCGUCGGCUCCGCCCACCGAACCGAAGCGGGAAACUUUGGCUGCGAAGAAGCGCCGUGAGCACGAUAAAUAUGUGAAGGAGCGAGAUCAGAACCCGGCCUUUGUGCCAACUCGUGGCAGCUUCUUCCUUCAUGACAAGCGGACAAAUGAAGGUGGCAACGGCCGUCCCUUCAACAAGGGCAAAUCGAGACCGGUUGGUCUCAUCGUCGAUGGGAAUGCUCGCAGGAACUCUGCAAAGCCCGAUGCGAGUGAGGGCCAGUGGGCCCACGAUCUCCACGAUACCGUUGCCGGCGAUGACAAGCCUGCGCCGAAACACUCGUCUCCCUCCACAGUGCCUCAAACUUCAAUGACCGUGCCGACAGCGCCCCGAUCUUCACCGCCAAACCGAUCCUUCUCUAGCACAACUUUGAUGGGAAAUGUGUCAGUCCGUGUAUUCUUACCGGGCAUGGCCCAGGACAAGCCGUUCCCCGUAAUGCUGAAGAAGCACACCCGGCUCCCUCAACAUCGUCCUCCCCUGCGCCGUGAUAAGCCGGUGCGAAUCUCUCUUCCAGGUCAACCUCCUCGCUAUAUCUUCCCGUCUACUGAGCGUUCAUUCAUCUUCAUUCCCCGCGCAUUGCGCCCCAACCAGCAAGGCUAUCGGGGCCGUGGCCGCGGCGGUGGAUUCUACAGUGGACGACGGCCCAGCUAUUAUUCCAACACCUAUACCCCCAGUGUUCUUAGCCGUCGGUCUUCUCUUGGUAUGCCUGCGUCCCAAGAUGGAUACCCAUCGCCUGCAGGCUCAGUCUACUCCCGGCCAGUUAUGGUCCCACCCGACAUUGGCAAACCCGUUGUUCGUCUGCCACCUCCACCGCGUCCUCCAGUUGGCAUUCCGCCCAUGGGGCCUGGCGCUAUGAUGCCACAAGUUCCGCCACCAAUGCCACCCAUGCAACCGCUGCAUCCUAUGUAUCGUGAAAGCCGCGCUGGCCCGAUCCCAAUACAUCAACCUCGCCCUCAGAAAACAGUGUCCGUGGCGGAUAUUGAAAGUCCAGCGACUUUCCCGUUCAACCCGCCGCAGCCCCAGCAGGAGCAGCCGUUCCAUCAUCAAGUUCCUGGACCCGUCCCUGGGCCGGGCCAAGAUCCAACUGCCCGCGGCCCGCCCAGUCAGGCUUCGGGAACUCCGCUCUCCCAGAUCCCGGAGCGGGCGAUCCACGCCCAGCCUUUCCAGCCAUACAGUUAUCCACAGCAGCCUGUCUUCUACCCGGGCUAUCCUACUGGUGGCAUGUACUAUCCGAGCUCCGGGUCCGAGUAUCCUGCCUAUAACGGACCGAUGGGCCCUGGUGCCUCCGUCCCGAACUUCAACCCCAGUCAGCAGGCGAUGCCGUACGCCGGUGAGCAAUCCUCGCAGGCUGACACGGUAGCCCACGAGUCUGGAGGCACAACAUACUUCUACUCGUCAGGCCAAGGGUACUCCAAUCCCAAUUACGGGACAGGGCCCGGAGCCGGGGGUGUAGUGGGGAUGGGGGGGAUGAUGACGCCUCCAGGCGCUACGUACUACUACGGGCAGCCACCGGGGCCCGGGGGAGUGUACUACGGGCAGUGA